AGUUUGACUGAGAGUGUAGCCCGGGCCGCUGUAGGGUGGAGUUUGACUGAGAGUGUAGCCCGGGCCGCUGUAGGGUGGAGUUUGACUCCGCCUCAAACGAACGGCGCAUAGGAGGGAGCUGAGAAAAGAUUCUGACGUUUACCAGCAUUUUCGGAACAUAAUUUUCUGCUGGGGAAAAAGGGUUGUAUCGAUUAUUGUCCAAAGGUGGACGACUAGCGGACGAGGAAAGCGGAGGUGCUCGUUUUGGUGUGGUCCUCUUGGCGUGCUUCAUGCUUCCUCCUGCUCAUCAUUAUCUGAAUAGCAGAAGACCCCAGACAGCCACGUCCCUCUGGGAGGCCCUCUCCCACUUCUAGAAGAGUCCGUCAGGUGUAUCGGUGACGCAGGCACAGGAGCGCAGCCAUGGUGGCGCUGUCACUGAAGAUUGGGGUGGGGAAUGUGGUGAAGACCAUGCAGUUCGAGCCCUCCACAAUGGUGUAUGAUGCUUGUCGUAUCAUCAGGGAGAGAGUUCCAGAAGCACAACUUGGCCAACCCAAUGACUACGGCCUGUUCCUCUCAGACGACGACCCAAAGAAAGGCAUUUGGCUGGAAGCAGGGAAAGCCUUGGACUACUACAUGCUGAGAAAUGGGGAUACGCUUGAGUACAAGAAGAAACAGAGACCACUCAAGAUUCGCAUGUUGGAUGGGACAGUGAAAACAGUCAUGGUGGAUGACUCCAAAAUUGUCACCGACUUGCUCAUGACCAUCUGUGCCAGAAUAGGUAUCACAAACUAUGACGAGUACUCGCUGGUGCGGGACGUGGGCGAGGAGAAGAAGGAGGAGACCAUGGGAACACUGAAGAGAGACAAGACCCUCCUGAGGGAUGACAAAAAGAUGGAGAAGCUCAAGCAGAAGCUCCACACUGAUGAUGAGCUGAACUGGCUGGACCAUGGGCGCACUCUGCGUGAGCAAGGCGUGGAGGAGACGGAGAUGCUACUCCUCAGGAGGAAGUUCUUCUACUCUGACCAGAACGUGGACUCCAGAGACCCAGUGCAGCUUAACCUGCUGUACGUACAGGCUCGGGAUGACAUUCUGAACGGAUCCCAUCCUGUGUCCUUUGACAAGGCCUGUGAGUUCGCCGGUUACCAGUGCCAGAUUCAGUUUGGCGACCACAACGAGUCCAAACACAAGCCAGGAUUCCUUGACUUGAAGGAGUUCCUGCCAAAGGAAUAUGUCAAGAACAAAGGCGAGAAAAAGAUCUUCCAGGCACACAAAAACUGCCAAAACAUGACUGAGAUUGAGGCCAAAGUCAGCUACGUCAAACUGGCCCGCUCUCUCAAAACCUACGGUGUGUCCUUCUUCUUGGUAAAGGAGAAGAUGAAGGGCAAGAACAAGCUGGUUCCACGUCUACUGGGCAUCACCAAGGAGAGUGUGAUGAGAGUGGAUGAGAAGACCAAGGAGGUGAUGCAGGAGUGGAGCCUGACCAACAUCAAGCGAUGGGCCGCCUCACCCAAGAGCUUCACACUGGACUUUGGUGAUUAUCAAGAUGGCUACUAUUCUGUCCAGACAACUGAAGGCGAGCAGAUUGCACAGCUGAUUGCUGGGUACAUUGACAUCAUCCUCAAAAAGAAAAAGAGCAAAGACCACUUUGGCUUAGAAGGAGACGAGGAGUCAACCAUGCUGGAGGACUCUGUUUCACCUAAAAAGUCAACAGUGCUGCAGCAGCAGUUCAACAAGGUGGGAAAGGUAGAGACGGGCUCUGUGGCCCUGCCGGCCAUCAUGCGCUCGGGCGCAGGGGGUCCGGAGAGCUUCCAUAUGGGCUCCAUGCCCCAGGCCAAGCAGCAGAUCACCAGUGGCCAGAUGCACACUGGGCACAUGCCCCCUCUGACCUCAGCCCAGCAGGCUCUGACGGGCACCAUCAACUCCAGCAUGCAGGCAGUACAGGCUGCCCAGGCCUCUCUGGACGAGUUCGACACCCUACCACCCCUGGGCACUGAUGCAGCUUCUCAAGCCUGGAGGAAGAACAAGAUGGACGAGUCCAAGCAUGAGAUCCACUCCCAGGUGGACGCCAUCACUGCAGGAACGGCCUCUAUGGUCAACCUCACUGCAGGGGACCCGGCGGAGACAGACUACACGGCGGUGGGCUGCGCUGUGACCACCAUCUCCUCCAACCUGACGGAGAUGUCGAGGGGCGUGAAGCUGUUGGCUGCGCUUAUGGAAGACGAGGGCGGCAAUGGGCAGCAGCUCCUGGGCGCCGCACGCAACCUGGCCUGCGCCGUGUCCGACAUGCUGAAGACGGCUCAGCCCGCCAGCACCGAGCCUCGUCAGAACCUCCUGCAAGCUGCAGGUAACGUGGGCCAGGCCAGCGGAGAGCUGCUGCAGCAGAUUGGAGAGAGUGACGCUGAUCCACAUUUCCAGGACAUGCUGAUGAAGCUGGCCAAGGCGGUGGCCAAUGCCGCGGCUGCCCUCGUGCUGAAGGCCAAGAACGUGGCCCAGAAGACGGAUGACUUGGCCCAGCAGAACCGUGUGAUCGCUGCUGCCACACAGUGUGCCCUCUCCACCUCCCAGCUGGUGGCAUGCACGCGGGUGGUGGCUCCUACCAUCAGCUCGCCGGUGUGUCAGGAACAGCUGAUCGAGGCAGGGAAGCUUGUGGCCAAGUCAGUGGAGGGCUGCGUGGAGGCGUCGCAGGGGGCCACCAAUGAUGAGCAGCUGCUGAAGCAAGUGGGCGUGGCCGCAACAGGUGUCACUCAGGCUCUUAAUGAGCUCCUGCAGCAUAUUAAGCAGUAUGCCAGCGGUAUGCAGCCAAUCGGACGCCACGGCGAGGCCACUGACCGCAUCUUGGACGUGACGGAGAACAUCUUCAGCUCCAUGGGAGAUGCAGGCGAGAUGGUGCGGCAGGCGCGGAUCCUGGCUCAGGCUACCUCCGACCUGGUCAACGCCAUCAAGGCAGAUGCUGAGGGUGAGACGGACCUGGAGAACUCGCGCAAGCUGCUUUCGGCCGCCAAGCUCCUGGCCGACGCCACUGCCCGGAUGGUGGAGGCCGCCAAGGGCGCCGCCGCUAACCCGGACAGUGAGGAGCAGCAGCAGAAGCUGCGUGAGGCGGCCGAGGGCCUGCGCAUGGCCACCAACGCCGCCGCGCAGAACGCCAUCAAAAAGCGCCUGGUCAACAAGCUGGAGAACGCUGCCAAGCAGGCUGCCGCUGCCGCCACUCAGACCAUAGCCGCCGCUCAGCAUGCCGCUUCGUCCAAUAAGAACCCGGCCGCUCAGCAGCAGCUCGUACAGAGCUGCAAGGUGGUGGCAGACCAGAUCCCUCAGCUGGUGCAAGGAGUGCGAGGCAGUCAGGCGCAGCCCGACAGUCCCAGUGCCCAGCUCGCGCUCAUCGGAGCCAGCCAGAACUUCUUCCAGCCCGGAGCCAAGAUGGUGACUGCAGCCAAGGCUACAGUGCCCACCAUCAGUGACCAGGCAUCUGCCAUGCAACUGAGCCAGUGUGCCAAGAACUUGGCCAACGCUUUGGCUGAGCUCCGCACCGCUGCUCAGAAGGCCCAGGAGGCGUGUGGUCCUCUGGAGAUUGAUAAUGCCCUGAGUGUGGUACGGGGGCUCGAGAGGGACAUCCAGGAAGCAAAAGCCUCAGCUGCUGAAGGAAGACUCAGACCUCUUCCUGGAGAAACUUUGGGGAAAUGCUCUCAGGACCUGGGCUCCAACACCAAGGCCGUGAGCUCAGCUAUUGCCCAGCUGCUGAGUGAAGCCACACAGGGCAGUGAAAACUACACUGGGCUGGCGGCGAGGGAUGUGGCCCAGGCGCUGCGCUCACUGGCCUCGGCCUCCCGCGGCGUGGCCGCCACCACGGAGGAUCCCCAGGCGCGCGCCGCCAUGCUGGACUGUGCCAGCGAUGUCAUGGACAAGUCGGCCAACCUCAUCGAGGAGACUAAGCGGGCCGUCGGCAAACCCGGUGACCCAGACAGCCAACAGCGGCUGGCCCAGGUGGCCAAGGCUGUGUCCCAGGCCCUGAACCGCAGUGUUAACUGCCUCCCUGGACAGAGGGAUGUGGACAAUGCCAUCAGGACGGUGGGAGAGGCCAGCAAGAAGCUCCUCUCUGACCAGUUCCCGCCUAGUGGGAAGAGCUUCCAGGAGGCCCAGUCAAGCCUGAACCAGGCGGCCGCCGGCCUCAACCAGUCGGCCAACGAGCUGGUGCAGGCGUCGCGUGGCACCACGCAGGACCUGGCCAAGGCCUCGGGCAAGUUUGGCCAGGACUUUAGCCGGUUCCUGGAGGCUGGAGUGGACAUGGCUGGCCAAUCACAGUCUAAGGAGGACCAGACUCAGGUGGUCACCAACCUGAAGACCAUCUCCAUGUCGUCCAGCAAGCUGCUCCUGGCAGCCAAGGCCCUGUCCACUGACCCCAACUCCCCUAACCUAAAGAACCAGCUUGCUGCGGCGGCCCGUGCCGUGACUGACAGCAUCAAUCAGCUGAUCACCAUGUGCACCCAGCAAGCCCCGGGACAGAAGGAGUGUGACAACGCGCUCAGGGAGCUCGAGACGGUGCGGGGCAUGCUAGAGAACCCGACUGAGGCAGUGAAUGACCUGGGCUACUUUGACUGCAUAGACAGUGUGAUGGAGAACUCCAAGGUUUUGGGUGAGGCUAUGGCCGGCAUCUCGCACAAUGCGAAGAACAGUAACCUGCCGGAGUUUGGAGACGCUGUCGGUUCAGCCUCUAAAGCUUUGUGUGGCCUUACUGAAGCUGCUGCCCAGGGUGCGUAUCUGGUGGCUGUCUCCGACCCGAACAGCCACGCAGGGCAGAAGGGCCUCGUGGACCCGGCUCAGUUUGCCAAAGCCAAACAGUCCAUUCAGAUGGCCUGCCAGAACCUGGUGGACCCAGCCUGUACCCAGUCCCAAGUCCUAUCUGCUGCCACCAUUGUCGCCAAGCACACCUCUGCCCUCUGCAAUGCCUGCCGUCUGGCCUCCUCCAAGACAGCCAACCCUGUUGCUAAGCGUCAGUUUGUCCAGAGCGCCAAAGAAGUGGCCAACAGCACCGCCAACCUCGUCAAGUCCAUCAAGGCCCUGGAUGGAGCCUUCAACCAGGAGAACAGGCAGAAGUGCAAGGCGGCCACUGGGCCGCUGAUCGAGGCCGUGGACAACCUCACCGCCUUCGCCUCCAACCCGGAGUUCGCCAGCAUGCCCGCGCAGAUCAGUCCAGAGGGCCUGGCUGCCAUGGAGCCCAUCGUGGCCGCAGCUAAGACCAUGCUGGAGAGCUCCACGGGGAUGAUCCAGACGGCCCGCUCGCUUGCCGUCAACCCCAAAGACCCGCCCAAGUGGUCGGUGCUAGCCGGCCACUCCAGGACUGUGUCCGACUCCAUCAAGAAACUCAUCACCAACAUGAGAGAUAAGGCCCCGGGCCAGAGGGAGUGUGACGAGGCCAUCGAGGUACUCAGUAACUGCAUCCGUGAGGUGGACCAGGCCUCUCUCGCUGCCAUUAGCCAGCAGCUCACGCCCCGCGACGACAUCUCCCAUGAAGCUCUGCAUGAGCAGAUGGCAGCCUCGGUGCAGGAGAUCAGCAACCUGAUCGACCCGGUGGCCGUCUCCGCCCGCUCUGAUGCCUCCCAGCUGGGACACAAGGUGUCUCAGAUGGCGAGCUACUUUGAACCGCUCAUCAUGGCCGCCAUCGGCACGGCCUCAAAAAUCCUGAACAGCCAGCAGCAGAUGAGCGUCCUGGACCAGACUAAGACUCUGGCAGAGUCGGCUCUGCAGAUGCUCUACACAGCCAAAGAAGCUGGUGGCAACCCGAAGGCUGCCCACACCCAGGAGGCACUGGAGGAGGCCGUGCAGAUGAUGAAGGAGGCGGUGGACGACCUGGGCGGCACGCUGGCCGAGGCUGCCAGCGCAGCGGGCGCUGUGGGCGGCAUGGUCAACUCCAUCACCCAGGCCAUCAACAAGAUGGAGGACCCUGCGGCGGAGCCAGAGGGCACCUUCGUGGACUACCAGACCACCAUGGUGAAGACGGCCAAGGCCAUUGCCGUCACCGUGCAGGAAAUGGUCACCAAAUCGAACACCAACCCAGACGAGCUGGGCGGCCUCGCCAAUCAGCUCACCACCGAGUUCGGGGACCUGGCAUCUGAGGCCAAAUUAGCCGCCAUCACCGCGGAAAGCGACGAGAUUGGCUCGCACAUUAAGAAGCAGGUGACAGAGCUGGGCUACUGUUGCACUGGGCUCGUCACCAAGGCUGGAGCUCUGCAGUGCAGCCCUAAUGACUCAUUCACCAAAAAGGAGCUUAUCGACAGUGCCCGCAAAGUCUCCGAGAAAGUGUCUCACGUGUUGGCAGCACUGCAGGCUGGUAACCGUGGCACCCAGGCCUGCAUCACGGCUGCCAGUGCUGUGGCUGGCAUCAUCGCCGACCUCGAUACCACCAUCAUGUUUGCCACCGCGGGCACGCUGAACCGGGAGAACGCAGAGACCUUCGCUGACCACAGGGAGAAUAUCCUGAAGACAGCCAAGGUUCUGGUGGAGGACACCAAGCUCCUGGUGUCCGGGGCUGGAGCCAGUCAGGAGAAGCUGGCCCAGGCUGCACAGUCUUCUGUCAACACCAUCACCAAACUGGCUGACGUGGUCAAGCUGGGGGCAGCCAGCCUAGGUGCCGAGGACCCUGAGACCCAGGUGGUCCUGAUCAAUGCUGUGAAAGAUGUGGCCAAAGCUCUUGGGGACCUCAUCCGUGCCACCAAGGCAGCGGCGGGCAAACCCCACGACGACCCUGCCAUGCUGCAGCUCAAGAACUCAGCCAAGGUGAUGGUUACGAAUGUGACGUCUCUGCUGAAGACAGUGAAGGCCGUGGAGGAUGAGGCUACAAAGGGCACGCGGGCGCUAGAGUCCACCAUCGAGCACAUCAAGCAGGAACUGACUGUUUUCAGCAGUCCGGAUCCUCCAGCGAAGACGGCCACUCCAGAGGAGUUCAUCCGCAUGACCAAGGGAAUCACCCUGGCCACGGCCAAAGCGGUUGCCGCUGGCAACUCGUGCCGGCAGGAGGACAUCAUUGCCACAGCCAAUCUGAGCAGGAGAGCCGUCGCCGACAUGCUGCACUCCUGCAAGCAAGCAGCAUACCAUCCGGAGGUGAGCCGGGAGGUGCGGGCCCGGGCCCUGCGCUUCGGAACGGAGUGCGCCAACGGUUACCUGGGCCUCCUGGAACAUGUCCUCGUGCCGAUCAUCCAGAAGCCCACUCAUGACCUGAAGCAGCAGCUGGCCAACUUCUCCAAGCGGGUGGCCGGCUCAGUCACCGAGCUCAUCCAGGCAGCCGAGGCUAUGAAAGGCACUGAAUGGGUGGACCCUGAGGACCCCACCGUCAUCGCUGAGAAUGAGUUGCUGGGAGCAGCGGCCGCCAUCGAGGCUGCUGCCAAGAAAUUGGAGCAGCUGAAGCCUCGGGCCAAGCCCAAAGAAGCCGACGAGAGCCUGAACUUCGAGGAGCAGAUUCUGGAGGCGGCCAAGUCGAUAGCCGCUGCCACCAGUGCGCUGGUAAAGGCUGCGUCUGCCGCGCAGAGAGAACUUGUAGCCCAGGGCAAGGUGGGAGCUAUCCCAGCGAAUGCAGUGGAUGACGGACAGUGGUCUCAGGGUCUCAUUUCAGCUGCCCGCAUGGUCGCUGCAGCCACCAACAACCUGUGCGAGGCGGCCAACUCUGCCGUGCAGGGCCACGCCAGCGAGGAGAAGCUCAUCUCCUCCGCCAAGCAGGUGGCCGCCUCCACCGCCCAGCUGCUUGUGGCCUGCAAGGUGAAGGCUGACCAGGACUCGCAAACCAUGAAGAGACUGCAGGCUGCCGGCAAUGCUGUGAAGAAGGCUUCAGACAACCUGGUGAAGGCGGCACAGAAGGCUGCGUUUGAGGCCCAGGACGACCAGGCCGUGAUGGUGAAGAGUAGGAUGGUGGGCGGCAUCGCUCAGAUCAUCGCCGCUCAGGAGGAGAUGCUGAGGAAGGAGCGGGAGCUGGAUGAAGCCAGGAGGAAGCUGGCCCAGAUCCGCCAGCAGCAGUACAAGUUCCUGCCCUCAGAGCUGAGGGAGGACGGCCAGGAGCAGUGAGGGCCUGUAGACACCCCCGUCCACCCCUAACCUUACCUUAUAACCCUGCAUGCACGGAACACACACACACACACACACACACACACGAACCUGCCACUCAGGGCAGCUGGGCCUGAGUGCUUUUCUGUUCAAGGCUGGCUACGAUCACAGGCUCACACGCUUGCAGGAGCAACAUUCGGGCUUUAAUAAUUAAAGAUGCAAUGGGUAAAAAAGUGAACGGUAUAUCAGGUUGUCUAUUUUAAGCUGUUGAUUUCUUUCUUUGUUUAUUUGUCCUUAUAAUGAGCAUCACCAUUGCUACUCUUUUUGUCCCAGCAUAUGCAAAUAACUGCGCUUUUCAUAGAGCAGUGUGAUUUAAGUUAGCAGUAGAUUGUUUAGUUUAGUUCGAGGUAUCUAAAAUGCAUGGGUCCAUGCUGCAACAACACUUAUUGUCCAUUUUUAUUACUCCUUUCACACAUCAGCCACUGGCUCACCUGAGACUGUGUCGGAGAACGGUAUUUUUUUGAGAGCUGUGUAACUAGAUGUGUAAAGGUAGGUGGCUUCUGGGUAAGGGGCUGCCACUCCACAAAGAUGCAGGAGAUAUGCAGCUAUAAAUCUUGCGGUCCCCUGGAUUGACCAAAUUGAAGUGUAAAAGAAACUUUGACCGUGUCAGUGGGUGACGGAGGGAUGUUUGAAACAGUGUUUGUGACAUCUGGUCAGCUUCCAAAGAAGAUGCGGUUUGAAUGAGCAGGUUGUGAGGCCUCUUCAGCCACUCAGCCAAGAACAAUUCACUGCAUAUUUGUGGCAAUUGGACCAGCAGUGCAAUGAUUACCUUUGUGAUGAAGCAAUUCAUAGAGAGAAAACAUAUCAUUUUUAAAAAAGAAUAGAAGAAUAAAGCUAUGAAAAUGUCUUUGAAAUGGUAUCUUCUAUUAAAUUUAUAUGUUAAUACACAUUUUGUCAGUGUUUUGUUUAUAUGAAAAGUUAAGCCUACUGGCAAUUGUCAGUUUUUUGUUUGUUUGUUUUUGGUUUUUUGUUUGGUUUUUUUUGUCUGUUGUGGAGUAUAAAAGCCAUAUUUUUGUUUAAUAUUUUUGUUUCGGUUCAUGCGUUAUUGAAUAAUCUGGUGCUACAGACGUUAUGAAUUCCCUGUAUGACAAUUGCGUUAACUGAUAGUAUACAAUAACUAAGAGUAGCCUGGACCGAAAGUUAAGAUAGAUCUGUCAUCUGCAGAAUAAUUUGAGAAUAUACUGAAGGCAUAAUGAAAUCUUAAUCUGUAUUUGGUUAGUAAUGGCACAGAAAUUGAAAUAGCCAGGUAUAUUCAUGAGUUACGUUACAUUCAAUGAAUAUGAAGGUGCCUGCAUGUGUAUGUAAGUGUAUACAUAACUGUUAACAUUCUCCCAUUUUAAGUGCACUUAAUUCUGUCUAACUUAACAAAAUCAUAUAAAUUCACUCUUUUCCAAA